AUGCAUGGAGAGAAAAAUACUUCCAACAAUGUGGAUGUGGAGACUGUAGCUGAAUCGCUUGGAGCUGUUAUAUUAUCAGUAGUGAGGGUCCCUCAAAAGACUAUUGCAAAUAAGGAUGGGGUACAGAAAAGGAAAUUGACAAGAAGGAAGACCACAAAGGAUGUGAAAACUGAUGGUGGAAAGACCGUUAAAUCGAAGCUUGCAAAGCGACAAAUUAUGGAUGUUGUGAUAACAAAGGGUCCUAUAGAAGAAGGUGUUCUUGGAGAAAAGAAAAGGAAACAAAAUGCAGCUAGAAGCGAAUGUUACAACAUUUUACCAGAGGUGGUGUUGGAUGACCAACACCGCCUUCCCCAAUGA